GGGCAGGUGGGUUGCCGCGGGUGCAGCUAGUGUCGUUUAGUGAGGGCUAAGGAUCCCUUCCCGCGUCCCUGCUACUGCUGCUCGUCUUUGUCCCAUACGGGUUCGCCGGGCAGCCGUUCCACACGAACAAUGUCGUAGUCUUCCUGCCCCAUGUUCAUCAUGCGCUAUGGGUUAGAAAACACCCCACUUAAGCGACUGUGGGGGCAAUGGGCUGGACCCAACAUCCCCCCAUUUCUCCGCUUUUUACUUACGUAGUACUCGUCGUUUACGUUUACGCGGCGUCGGUGCUUGCUGCGCUGGAGCUCAGACUCGCUCUCCAGUGAUUGGGUGCGCUUGUCAUUGCGUUCGUACUUUGCAUCGACAAUUGGUGUCAGGAAGAAGGAUGCUGCUACAACGCUGAGCAGGAAUGGCAAUCCAAAGAGAGCAAAUGGAUGAUUUCGCGCAUGGUGUCGGUACCAGUGGAUAGCCAUGUGGUGGGAGGGACGGGAGCGCCAGGGUUGGCGACGAACUGGACCGAUCCGCUCCCGUAACUCGCGUAAUUCGGUAUACGGGGGUCGAGUGUCACGUUAGCAGGGGUAACGAGGGGUAGUGAGGGAUGUGGUGUGGUGGUGUGGAGUUCGAUACUCUGCGGUAUCGAGUCUGUAACGAAGUAUCUUACGGUGCACACUAGUGCGCUGCAGUAUCUUUCGGUGCCGUACGACUCCAUAAAUCACGUUUUACGUAACACGUUACGCCGCCCCACCGCUUCCUCACCACCACGUUUGCACCACCAAUCCUGCCUCUCUAGCACUGACUGUUGUGACCUGAUGAGUAGUAGUGGCCUGAAGAAUGCAUUGGUAAAACUGGUCGUGCCUGCCGGCAAGGCGACACCUACACCGCCCAUAGGCCCGGCUCUGGGCGCACGAGGAGUCAAGAGCAUCGACUUUUGCAAGGAGUUCAAUGCUUCAACGGCGUCCUUCGUUCCCGGAGUACCAAUUCCAUGCAAGAUUACUAUCACACCAAAACGAACAUUUACGUUUACUAUCCAUCCUCCGCCAACGAGCUGGCUACUGCUGAAGCUCGUGGGAAAGGACAAGGGAGCCCAUGCACCAAAAAACGAAAUCAUCGGCAGCAUAAGUUUAAAGCAUGUGUAUGAAGUCGCAAACAUUAAGAGUAAAGACCCUUCGUUGCAGGGGAUUCCUCUACAGUCCAUUUGCAAGAGCGUUAUUGGAAGCGCUCGAAGCAUGGGCAUAAAAGUAACGUAUUAAACUGAGUUUGUUGGAAAGAGUGAAUACAACGCUAGAAGUCAGUGACAGUUUGCACCAGUGAGAAGGGAGACAUUGGAUGUUAUGGUAGCGGGCAUAGCAAGCAGUUGUGAAAGCCAAUACUAUAGACAUCAAAAACAAGAAGCAACUCACUUAGGAAGAAAUGAGAGAAAACAAAACAGUAAAAAAAAAAAAGAAAAAGGAACUCGUUGUCCGGUGAUGGGCCCUCACACUGCUACAUGGCCAUCUAUGGUUACGGUUUUAGGAAGGAGGAAAUAUGUGUGUACGAGUACGUUAGUGUCAAUAAUGUCCGACAAUAUGCAGCACCAUACAGUAUGCGAAAAAUGUCCAUGCUCUGAGAAAAACGACAAAAAAAGACAAAACAAACAAAAGCGUAUAAGUCAAAUGGCUCCGCCAACAUUUUUUCCCGAUAAUAAACGAGUGUGCCUAAUUAGCAGCGAUAGGGAGCUUUAAUUCACGCUUGGCCUGCUCAACAGCAAGCUUGUCGCCAGUGUUUUUCAUGAUGUCGUCGCUAAUCUUCACAGCUUUGCGGCCACCAGCACUGUACAGCUUCACCACGAUAUUCAUGGGUUUACUUUUUUGCGUCCGAUCAGACUUGCGAGUAAAGUCGCUUGUGAAGUUUGUGCCAAUACCAAACGAACAGCCUAUUCCGGCCUCGUUGCACAACUUUUGUAAGUGAAUGCAACGGUCAACGUUCAAGGAGUCACUGUGAACAAUUUGUUUCGUACCGGGGUUCACGCCAAUGGCCUUGUAAUGGCGUACCACCUUCUUUAUAAACUCUUCAGGUGAACCACUGUCUUGGCGUACGCCGUCAUACACGUUGGCCAAAUCGUCGGGCGAGUUCGCGGUAAAGCUUCGGAGGAAAGCAUCAGUGGAAAAGGUGUCGGUGAGAGCAAUGCCGAGAUUCUUGCCAAACGUCUGUCUCCAUUUCACCGACGCAACGUAGUUGGCUGCGGUGUAGUUGUUCGUGAUGGCUGCGGUACCCAUAUACCAUUCGUGAGCAACAGUUCCAAUGGGUUUAACGUUGUAUUUACGCGCAAAGUACACGUUCGAUGUGCCGGAAAACGCUCCGGCGCCAUUUACUUCCUGGCGUGCCUUGACCAAACCCUGCAUCACCAGAUCCUGAGUAUGCACAUCACGGCGGCGACGAGUACCAAAUUCGCUGAAAACACAACCGUUUUCUAUCAAGCGUUUACCCUUGUCGAAAGCCUUAUCCAAUUGACCUUCGUAGUCCCAAUCUUUGUCCACGAACUUGAAGUACGCUUCCGACACAAGAGCCAGAAUAGGAAUUUCAUACAAUAUUGUUUCGUGCCACAUUCCGUUAAUUGCAAUUCCUAAAUCCUUAUUUGUCUCAUCAUACGUGAGAACCACUUGUUCGCUGGGACAGAACCGAUAACCGCGUAAAAAGGUAAAAAACUCAUCACUGAGGUAAGGACAAGUUUCACGCAUCCAUUUCUCUUCGUCAUCCUGCAGGGAAAGCGUCUUCAAGCUAUCAAUUUCCUUUUUCAACCAGUCAAUAGCCUCUUCAUUUAAUGCCAUCGCUGGCGACCGGUUUUUAAAUUGGUAAGACACAGGAGUGUUCGGAUAAUGCUCCAUAACCGCUUGAAGCAUAGUGAAUUUGUACAAAUCCGUAUCAAGGAUUGAUUUUAAGACUGCCAUUGUUGCUGAAAUCUAAAGGCUUAUUCAGAAAUCCAAAAAGUACGUCAAAACGACCUCAAAUUAUUUCGUUUUUCUUGUCUAAACACCGUCCCACUGUCACAAUAAAUUAGUUUCUAAGGGGAAAUACCUCGUAAAAUGCACGAGUAUUAAAAAUAUCAAAUUUCUUGACGCGUAAACGCAGGUUGGGUGUUGGCGGAGGACAGACGCUGGAGGUCAUACUUCAGUGUUAGUUCUUACGACACUCAUCCAUUAAGAAUGACAAAAAAAAAUAACAAUAAAAUAGACAUACGGAUAACAACUCAAUUUUAGUU